AUGGGUUGCGUUACUUAUCUUUUUUUUGCACAUAAUGAAUCUGUUGCUCUUACUCAUCAAUAUUCUUCUGUACUUCUUAUGGAUUGCACCUACAAAACAAACAAAUUUAAAAUGCCUUUAUUAGAUAUUGUUGGUAUUACUAGCUUUAAUAUCACCUUUUAUUCUUGCUUUGUUUUUAUGAAAGGUGAAGAAAGAAUAGAUUAUCAAUGGGCUCUAACUCAUAUUGCUCGUUUAUUUGACGGAAUAUCAAGACCUGGUGUUAUUGUAACAGAUAGAGAACUGGCUCUUAUGAAUGCACUUGAGAUAAUCUUUCCAGAUUUGGCAAAUUUACUGUGUUUGUGGCAUAUUAACAAAAAUAUUCUAAAAAAUUGUAAACCACAAUUUUCGAAAAAAACAGAAAAUUAG